ACCCGCACGUGAUGGGACUUGAGCAUCGGCCAUUCGAGGCCAGGCUACCGGUGACGACUAGUGACUUUGCGUGCGCAUUUUCUUUGCAGUGUCUUUCUUUUCGUAGAGAAUAUUGAUCAAUCACAGUUGGGGCGUCUCCUCAGCCGGACCGUGGCGGCCCGCUAUUAGCCUGGGUGCUUGAGGCAGAUCACGUGCUUUGGGCAACGUAGUCAUGACGUCACAGGAGCACCGUGUGCAGCUUGCCUCAGCUGUUAGAGCAGCGCCAAGGGGUGAGUGCGCCAGCUCUGGAUGCGGCGAUGCAUUGCGCGAUUGGGCGACGUGGGAACCUGCGCCUUGCGACACACACCCCUUUCGCGCGCCCCUCGUCAAGGGGCUCGAGCUUGGGGACACUCUGCUGACGGGCGGGAAAAGCACAGUGUUACUUCGAGCGCACACAGUCCUAGCUCCCAGCCUGCUCCCCUCACGCAAGCUCUGCUUCCGUCCUGUCUCUCACUCCCUCGGUCGCGCCAGCAGCAGUAACGGUACAUGGCACGCCAGCCAUGAUCGCAUACAUUGUGAGGUACCUCCCCUUGGCCCGCCAGGUCCGCGCAGCCUGGUAGCCCAGUCAGCGCCCCCAGCUUCUCUCACUUCUUCCCCUUCUUCCUCUCCCCUUCUCACGCCCAUUGAACUUUGCAUCACCCCAUUGCGCCCGUUUCGCCUGUACACAACUUCGCGGAGAGCUGCGAAAUAUCCUCACGACACCCCAAUUGCCUUUCACCUCCUACCACAUACGUCAUCAUGUCGAAGCGCGGCCGCCCCGAGGAAGAGGAGGAGCUUGUCUCCCUGCCUGAAGACGACGAUGGCGAGGAGGAGGAGGAGUAUAUUUCCAGUGGCGACGAGGAAGACAUCUCCGAAGAAGACGGCGAUGAAGAGGACGAGCUCGAGGAGGGCGACGAGGAAGCCGAGGGCGAAGAGGAUGAAGCCAAUGGCGAGCAGGCUGAGCCCCCGGCCAAGAAGCGCAAAACCACCGAGGAGACCAAAAAGGGCGACGCUGAGGCCGAAGGCGACGAGGAGGAGGAAGAGGAUGCUGAAGCCGAGGCUGACGACAAGGCCGCCGACAAGGGCGACGAGGCUGGCAAGGACACCAAGGCCGAGGCGGCCAAGGAGACUGCCGACAAGCCUGCGCCCGCCGAGACAAAGUCUGAGGAGAAGGCAGCGGCUGGUGACGCCGAGUGAUCUGUAAAAAGAUAGAUAGCGAGCUACGUCUUUUUUCAUCUAGCACUGCCGAAUAAACGCCACGGAAUCUCAGCCAUCUGAGUAGGCCUCGCUGAACGCAGCAAUCUUUCCCCGAGGAGGAGGAUCGCCCCACGAUGUGAGCUAGUGCUGCUGCCGACCAAGCUAGGAGCUCGCUGGAGCAGUUACUUCAGCCUAUAUGGCUUUUGUCGUCACUUGCGCGCGAGAUCAUCCACCGCGCCACCACAGGCGCUCGUCGGGCCGCCAGACAAAAGUGC